GAACCACCUAAGCCAAUUCUUUCCAUCACCAUUAUCAUUUUCUUGAUAUCACACACUUAACAUCUCCUAUACAAACCCAUUGGGAUCAUCCUUAACCGAACUAGACACCUUAUUACCGCAACAUGCAGCUCGCCGUCUUCUCCGCUAAACCCUACGACAAGGAGUACCUUACGAGCACCCGAGCAGCGGAACUCGAUAAAGUCGCUAACAUCGAAGUCGUCUACCACGAAUUCGCCUUGUCUCUCGAAACAGUUUCUCUAGCGAAAGGUGCAAUCGCAGUAUGCGUCUUCGUGAACGAUAAUCUCAGCGCCGAUGUCCUUGAGUCGCUACAUGCGAACGGUGUCCGCGCCAUCUUAUUGCGUUGCGCCGGAUAUAACAACGUUGACCUACAAGCUGCCGAGCGUCUGGGUCUCUUCGUCGCCAACGUACGCUCAUAUUCCCCCGAGUCCGUCGCUGAAUUCGCCGUCGCCCAAAUCCAGACGCUAAAUCGAAAUACCCAUCGCGCCUACAAUCGUGUCCGCGAAGGAAACUUCAGCCUGCAGGGACUACUAGGGCGCACUCUGAACGGAAAGACAGUAGGUAUUAUUGGCACGGGUCGCAUUGGUGUGGCAUUCUCCCGAAUCAUGAACGGCUUCGGAUGCCGACUGCUAGCCUACGACGUCUUCGAGAAUGACGACUUCAAAAAGUACGGCACGUACACGGACCUCGAUACCUUGCUCUCCGAAAGCGACUUCAUUAGCCUUCACUGCCCAUUGAUGGAGAACACGCGGUAUCUUAUAAACGACGACACGCUGGGCAAGAUGAAGAAAGGAGCUAUGCUAGUAAACACUUCGAGAGGCGGGCUUAUCGACACCAAAGCUGUCAUUGCGGCCUUGAAGAGAAAGCACCUAGGUGCCCUGGCGCUAGACGUGUACGAGGGCGAAGGGGCGCUUUUCUACAACGAUCAUUCGAGCCAUAUUAUCGACGACGACGAGCUCAUGCGUCUGACCACCUUCCCUAAUGUGCUUAUUUGUGGCCACCAAGCUUUCUUUACGGAGGAAGCGCUGCGUGAAAUUGCCGACGGUACUAUCCGUAACUUGAGCGAUUUCUUGAACGGCAGGCCGUGCGAGAAUAGUCUCGUCCAAACCCAAGCUGUAUCGGAGCAUGUUGAUAGAGGCCCCGGACAGAUUCGGAUCUAGAAAUAUAAGGGUUCAUGCUGUAGGUAGGUUAUAGUGGGUACUUCAAGUAGGUAGAGGUACGAGAGAGAUCUAAAUACAAGCAUGGUAGCAUUGAAUAAAACUCAUGGAAGUCGGUGUCGUAUCAGAACCGCUGACAGCAUUAGAUAAAUAGCUAUGAAUGAAUCUAUAAUAGACGCAGUCACGAGCCAUCAGUAUCGAAAGCCUUGGACUCGAUG